AUUCGUUCUGUCAACAUCUUUAUCGUACGACGUAUAUGUCUUUCCUGUGAAUGGCCAAUUAUAUCUUAUUUUUCUUAAGUUAUGAGAGUAUAAUUUGGGUUUCUUAAACACUUAUAACCAGUAAUCAUGGAUGCAAGAGUGACAGUAAACUUUGUUUGCCAACGUUGCCUGCAUCCAAUCCAGUUGGAUCCUGGAUUUUCCCAUCUGAAUGAACACAUUCUUGCUGAACUUGCAUUGCCAAUAUUCCCUGGUGAGGAGGCAGAAUUUGAUGCAUCAGAAGUAGACAAAUUAGUGCCUCCACUACAGUUGACAGAUUCUGGCCAUCACCCACAUGGAUUUACCUUAGUAGGAGAGUCUGGGGAUACAGAGAAAUCACAGCCCCUAAAGGUAGCAACUGGGUUGUAUGACCUGGUCAGCUCAAAUAGUGACAUCGACCACCCUCUAUGUGAAGAAUGUACAGAUGCCUUGCUUGACCUCAUGGACACCACACUCUCACGCACCCAGAGACAAGCACAGAUGUCCCAGCAACUGCUGAACUCCCUUGCUGAUAUGCCAGAUAUGGAUGUAACAGCUCUGGAGAGUGAAUUGAAAAAUCUACAAGCCGAAGAAGAGAGACUCCUUUCAGAACUGUCCGAGGUGGAGGCUGAGCAGAAGGCUGCAAGAGAGGUUCUAGAGAAACACGAGGAGGAGAAAGCACGACUGGAGGACGAGGAGGAGAGAUACUGGAGGGAAUACUGCACACACAAGUCUCAGCUCACAGCCAUGGAAGAUGAGAACAGAAGCUUGAAGAGUCAGCUGAGCUACACACAGAACCAGCUGGAGAAGCUCAAGAAGACCAAUGUAUUCAACACCACCUUCCACAUCUGGCACUCGGGCCACUUUGGCACCAUCAACAACCUCCGCUUAGGACGGCUGCCAACGGCCCCAGUGACAUGGCCAGAGAUCAAUGCAGCCUGGGGCCAGACAGUGCUGCUCCUGGCCUCACUCGCCAGAAAGAUAGGACUGAAGUUCUCCAAGCACCGCCUGGUCCCUUAUGGCAACCACUCGUAUAUUGAGGUUGUGGGUGAGAGCCGAGAGCUACCCCUCUAUGGCUCGGGAGGCUUCCGGUUCCUAUGGGAUACAAAGUUUGAUGCAGGCAUGGUGGCCUUUCUGGAGUGUGUGGCUGAGUUCCAACAGCAUGUAGAAGCACAGGGAGGCCAGGCAGCUCGCUUCUGCCUGCCAUACAGGAUCAACAAGCACUUCAUUGAGGACCCUUCUUCAGGAAAUUCUUUCUCAAUCAAGAUGCAGUUUAACAGCGAGGAACAGUGGACAAAGGCACUCAAAUUCCUUCUAACAAACCUCAAGUGGGGCCUCACCUGGGUGUCGUCUGCUCUCUUCUCGAGCACUCAGGGUGAAGGAUAAGCACAAAAUUGGAAUGAAAAAGAGAAUCAGUGUGUGAAUGGGAUGGAAGAUGACAGCCUGACUGCUUGUAAAGUGAUAUAGGAUGAUUGUGGUCGGGACUGGAUUUAUGCAUAUACAUUUUUUUUUUUCUUUUUCUUGUAUAUUCUUCUUUUCUUUUCUUUCUUUCUCUCUUUCUUUCUUUCUUUCUUUCUUUCUUUUUUUCUUUCUUUCUUUCUUUCUUUCUUUCUUUCUUUCUUUCUUUCUUUCUU